AUGUUCUAUUUACCAGGACCCUUGGCUCGAAUUUAUUUGGCAUUAAAUCGAUCUUAUCAGCAAUCAUUGACUGUACUUUACCGGUAUGUGAAUGCAAUUAUUGAAGAAACAAUCCAGAUGGAUCAAUCAAUAAUUGCCCAGCGGAAAAGAACAAGUUUAAUUGCAUCGCUUGUCGGCUCAUUGCAACAAGAUGAAAUGAGUGAAGCAUUGAAAGCGGAAGAAGACAAAAGAGGUCUAUCUCGACAAGAAAUUUUUGACGAGAUACUUCUAUUUCUGGUUGCUGGCUUUGAAACAACUUCAACUGCACUGACUUGGUUCAUUUAUUUUGUCAGUAUUCAUCCACGAGUACAGACUAAAAUGAAAUUAGAACUAGUCGAACACAACAUAAGAAAUGAAGAAUAUCCAACUGUCCAACAGAUCGAUUCUCUUGUCUAUCUCGAUUGUGUCAUUAACGAAGUACUACGUUUUGCUCCGCCAAUCAAUGGAGCCGCUCGAAAAGCUCUUGCUGAUGAUCGUCUUCCAUCGAACGGAACCCGAGUGUAUAAGGGCGAACAAAUUUUUAUACCGUUUUACAAUUUAGCACGAGAUAAACGCUAUUGGACUUAUGAUCCCGAUCAAUUCUACCCAGAACGAUAUAUGAUGGAAGGAACCGAAAACCAACAAGACAAGCAAUAUGUAUCACUGGCGUUUGGUGGUGGACAUCGACAAUGUAUUGGGCAAGACUUAGCUCGAUUUGAACUCAAAGUUAUUUGUACUCGACUCAUGCAGAAAGUUACAUUUGGAGAUGGUGGACCUGAAGUCAAUGCAGGCGGGUACCAACAACGGCUCUCCAUCAUGCCAAAACAUAUUGGCGUCACAAUGACUUUUGACAAUUGA